CUCUCCUUCUUGCUGCUUUGUCGCUUCUCUUUUUUUUAUCAGUCCGAACCUUUCUGCGCUGCGUCUGCUUUCCACUCAGACAAACGAAGGAAAUUCCUUCUGACCCACCGUUGACGAUGAAGUCCCAGCUGGUUUUCCCCGCCGCCGCUGCGACUCUGCUCUGGCUGUGCUGCAGUCUGUGCCACUGCAGUCCUCUGUUCUACAACAUCUCUGUGGACGGCAGCGGCGACGAACCCGAGCUGGAGCUCAUUUUCCCCACCUCCUUUUCCACACGAGCGCCCGUUGAAGUCUCCGCUGCCACUCCGCCGCCCAGCCUCACCAACACCAUCACCACCACCAUGAUCCGCCUGAAAGACUAUGUCCUGAGCCGAGUGGUGGACUUCCUGCAGGAGAACCUGCUCAUCAUCAUCGUUGUCACCUCUCUUCUUAUUGUUUUGGUCUUCAUCAUUUGCUGUGCGUUUGCCAUGAGCCAUAAGCGCAAGCUGGAGGCUUACAAGCCCCUCCCCAACCCCCCCAGGAAGUACACUGCCAAUAAAACCGGAGCUCGCAAGAACUCUGGCGAGCUCCAGGAGAAACCAUACGCCGUGGACCACGUCAAGAGGGUCCACGUCCAGGGUCCGGCCUCCCCUAAGCAUCUGCGCAUGCCCUCCAAGGCGCUGGUGGGAGACAAGGGAAGAGACGUCAGGUCGUCACCUCGACAGGAGGUCAGGAAGGUCAGAGACACAGAGGAAGUGGAAAAAAGGCGAGAGGAAGUGAAGUUCAAAGAACCAGUGAAGCAAAGGGAGGAGGUCCAGAAGAGCGCCAGCCCCAGCACCAGCUCCAGUCAUCCGGUCUGCACCUGCCACCUGAAAAAGUCCAACCACUAACACACGGCCGAGGCAAAACGGGUCAAAGUGUCACUCAGAAGGGAAUCCGUUCAGGUGGCAUCACACCUGCUAUGAAAAUCUUUACGUGCAUAAAAUCGGAAUAAAGUCCAACAAAAGACAGAAAGCUGAGUGUCAAACUGUGCGAGUCUGUAAUUCAUCCACAGCACCUCAGCAGGUUUCAUUAUCAAGAUUAAAGAAAAAAACAGAACCUCUAUACAUUUAUGUGAGGGAAAGGAAAAGCUGUGCAAUUUGUAAACAAUGCAAAUGGUGGGGAAAUCCUAAUGACAAGGAAGUGAAUGGAUACAAAAUGGGUGGGUAAUUAUGUACAUAAUGUGCAUGAAUUCAUGCACACAGCACCCUCCACAAUUACUGAUACCUCUAGUUAAGAUGUGUGGAAGAUCUGUAAACUUGUCAAGCUUUGUUUUCCACUGAUCCAGUGACUGUAAUAUUUUGUGUUACAGCUCUGUCUGCAGAUAUCGAUACAUAAAGGAGCGUAACUAUUUUAUUUGAGCCAUUUCCAAACUAAUGAAGAUCAAUACACAUCUGCCUGGCUUGAAUGAAAAGCUGUCUUGUCUUUCCCGUUUUGAAGAAUGGCAGAGAGAAAAUGCUCCUACAUACCAGGUCAUAUUCAUACCUCAGGGAAGUGCUACAAAUUACUAAAUGAAACUUCAUAAUAACUCUGAUCAGCUUCAAAAAAGUAAAGUACAAAUAGGACAAUGCUUCAAGUUUCACAGAUGCAAAUAAUUAUAACAUCUGCAGUUGUAUUUAAAAAGAUAUUUUAUUCCUUAUUCAGGAUCUCCCACCAUGGAAUAAUUUAAAUUAAAGCUUGGAUUUUUCUAAUUUUGUCAGGUUAAAUGAUGUGUUUUCUAGAUGAAUUCCUGUGAGAGUUUCUACACAUCUUCACCAGGGGGGUCAAUAAACAUGGAGUGCAGUGUAAUGCCAGUACAUACUUUAUAUCAGAGUGGUGCUUCUCAGUAAAACCACACCACCGUUUAUUGCUUACAGUUUAUAAGUCAGACAUGAGUAACGAUGUCUGUCAUUUCUAAAUGUUAUUUGAAGGGACUGUGAUUUCAAAAGGCCAUCGUGGCCAAGCAGAGGUUUUUCACGUGGGGAAGGUUUCGCUCCCACCAGAAAAUCUCCGCUUUGCGUUUUUCAAGAGCUUCAAAUCUGAAUCAGCCGUUCAAAGCAACGUCUUUGGUGAUGUACAUAAACGCAUAAAUGCCAGUAAACCUCACCUGAUGAGUAGCAAUUAUUCUUUUCUUUAUGAAUAUUAAACUUUCAUAUUUACCUCUACUUUAGCGUUAUUAUAGCUGGUGCCUUGUAUUUUAUUUCAGAACCCAAUCAGAAAAAACAACAUGAAGAAUUUUCAUGAAUUUUAUUUCAACUAUAUUUUAAGUAUAAGAAAAAAAUAUGUAUUUUUUAUUUCACCCUUCAUAUCAGUUUAUCAGUAUUUCUACCCAUGAAGGGAUGAAAUAUAGUUAGAAAUUAGGGUUCGUUAUUUUAUAUUUAUACAUCAACGUCUGUUAUUCUGUCCUACUGUAAAGAAUAAAAAAACGAGUCAGAAAGUUGAGUGAUUAAAAGGAUUAAAUUCACACCGAGCAUCGAAACCUAGAUGAGUUUGUAUGUUUUGUAGGUUGUCGUUUUGUCAUGUUAAAACUCGCUGUUUUAUCCGAGCCUCACACUGUCGUCCUCACGCGUUGCUUUCUCUGUGACACUUGUUCAUUCUACAAAAUGAUAGGUUUGUUUUGCUAAUGUCUAAUAAAAUGAAAGA